AUUCGGGUUGCCCGACCCACAUGCCAUCUUUAGAGGUGGGUGGCUAAUGGCUUACCCGGCCCAAAGUCAACCGUAAUCCUUUCAAACUCUCGCGCGCGCAUACUCAACAGUUACUUUCUCCCUCCCAAAAAAAAAAAACAAAAACAAAUAUAUAUUGAAAAAUUAAGCUGAACAAAAAUCUGGAAAUUGUACCUUCAUCAUUACAUUUACACCCAGAAAUUCUACAAACUGAAGAGAGAGAAAGAAACCAAUUCUUCAAACAUAAAUCCCAAACUUUAGAAUUCUGUAACUUUGCGUCAUUUUCCCACAAUUCACUGCAUCAAGAUUCAAAUUUCACUCCAAACUUCAUUCGAUUGCAGAAAUCGGUUCAAGAUCGAUUUUCACUUCUUUAAUUAACCCGCAUUAAUUUCUUGAAGAUUUUUAGGAGAUGGGAAAGAUGCAUCGAAAACGGACAGUCGAAGACAUCAAUUCUGCUGAAAAGUUGAAAAUGCACAAGAUUCUUACAGGUGAUAAUGUUGAUUUAAAAAGUAUUCUGCGUAAAGGACUUAAUGAUACUAGAUGGAUGAUGAAAACCAAAUUAACUGAAAAAUCGAUGAGAGAAUUUCAAUUCCUGUUAUAUGCUUCUGAUAAUUCUGUAUUGUUGGGCUUCACUGUUGCAUUGGGGUGGCUGAUUUGGGUUCAAAUCUUGAAAUCUAAGCGCAAGUUUCAGAAGAAGAAAAGGUCUCAUAAGCUUAAACAACAACAACAAUGGAGUUUUAAAAAGAAAAAGAGACAAGGGAAAUUGAGGAAAUUGAAGAGGUUCAAGAUUGAGAAGAAGAAAGGAAAUGCAGUAAUAAAUGUGGUCAAGACUACUGUGAUAUUAAGGUUUCAAAUGAGGUUGAAGUUGAGGAUAAAGAUGGCCGUGGCCCGAUCCGGCCCGACACAAAAAGCCCGGCCCGAAACGUCACGAACACGAAGUAGUGGUGAAGACUGCUGUUAUAAGGUUUCAAAUCAGGUUGAAGUUGAGGGUAGGGUCAAUAAUAAAGAUAGGGGUGGGCCGGGCCUGAGGCCCGACCCGCCGCAAAAAGCCCGGCCCGAAACGGCACGAACACGAAGCCGUGGUGAUGACUACUGCGAUAAGGUUUCAAAUCAGGAUAGGGUCAAUAAUAAAGAUGGGGGUGGGUGGGGCCGGGCCGGGCCGGCCCGGCCCGGCCCGGAAAGAGAAUGGGUUGGGGAGUCUGAUGGAUAGGCUGGCAAUGGCGAUGGAGUACCUGUCAUGUAGAAGUGUUUGGAUAACAUGCAAUUUGGAUUUUUGGGGGAUAUGUUUUGUUCAUAAAGUGAUUGGUUUUUGGGGAAGUAUUGCAUUUAUAAGGAGUAUGUUAUGAUUGAUGAUUUUUUGAUUUCAUUUGCGAAGAAGUUUGGAUUAUAUGUGGUUUCAUUUGAGAAUUUUGAGAGAAUGGAACGUUGUUAUGGGUGCUCUCCUAGUAGAAUUCGUAUGUAGGUAAUGGUUUUCUCUCUCCCCUAAACUAAUAUGGUUAUCAAACUUUUUAGUUUUUGUUUGGUUGAUUUUGGAUUUUUGAUUAAGAUCAAAAUAUGGCCCAAGCCACGGGCUGUCGUACCGGGCCGGGUCAGGCCAUUGUGCCUAAGUCUAGUUACACUAAAGUUAGUGUGCUUCGUCGUACCGUUGUGCCUAAGCCUAGUUUUUGUGUUUUGUUGAUUUUGAUGUUAUAAUUACCUUUAUUACUGAA